AUGGCGUCGCCUCUGCCAGAGAUCCCAAGGCGAGCCGAGGUCGAGGAGGCCGAGGGGGCCGGCAGCCCGUCUGGUGCAUCCAACACGACGAGGUCACCCAUCACUCAAGCCAUCUGUCUGGAUCUCCUCAUCAAAGGCAACAUCCAGUCUUAUGUCAGCUUCUUCCAGACAGCAAUCGAGAACCGGCUGGAUGUCGAAUACACACAAGAGCCGCUGACCGAGUACAAGGACUUGCUCACAGCGAUCGAGAACAGCAAGCUCGUUGGGGAUUCCGCUCGGAUCUAUGAAUCGCUGAAGCGCAUAGCAUUCUACUUCCAAGACCUGAAGGACUAUGACAAAUCGCUGAGUUACUUCAAGGAGAGCCUGUCGGCAAGCAAGGACAUUGAAGAGAAGCAGAUCGAGGCUGCUGCAAACAUGGGUCGCGCGCUUGAGCACUGUGGCUACCACGAAGAUGCACUCGAAUACUUUGUCCAGAGUAGAUCGAUCUCGAAGGAGCGGCACGACAAGGCAUCUGAAACCAUGGCGUCAUAUGAUAUCGUGGAGGCGUGCACACGCAUUGCAGAGAACCUUGAAAAGGCGCUUCGAUUCGAGAACGCAAUUGAGCAGUAUACAAAGUGCAUCCCUAUACUCGAAGAGAGUUGUUCCGACCAUGUGCGCCUGAAUGACAUCAACUAUCGUCUCGGUCUGGUCUACCAGCGACUUGGUGACAUGGGAAAGGCCACCGAGUACCUCGAAAGCUUCCUCGAAUUCACCAAGCGCAUGGACGACAAGAGCAAGGAGGGACUGGGCCAUGCCGCACUUGCCCAAUGUUACGAAAGUUCCGGCAACCCGCUCCAGGCCGCAAAGGCGCUGCAGGAGUUUGUGGCCUUGACCGAGGCUGAUCCCACGCAGCGUGGGUCGCAAGCAGACGCAUGCAACCAACUCGGUGUGCUCUACAACAAGCUCGGCGAGUACGACCUGGCCGUCCAGUAUUUUGACAGCCACUACCGCCUCACCCGCGAGCUAUCGGUCCCAGCACCUCCUUCGGCACCAGCCUCGGCUCAUGGCAAACGACCGCGAUCCGGCCAGAAGCUCAAGCACCAGGACCCUUCCGAAACCGUGGCUGGGGCCAGAGCAGCGACCAAACUGGACGGGGCCCAGGUCCAGCUCGGCAUCAGCCGCGGGAACUCGCAGAUGCAAGCAUUCUUUGAGGCCGUGAAGGAGCAAAACACACCGGCCCUGCUUGGCUGGAAGGCCGCCCGAGCCCUGAGCACAUAGCGGCAUGGAUG